AUGCAUUUGCCGAGUGCGCUGUGGCGUUACUGGCAGGCUAUCUGGCCUGCCGGGUUCCAGGCGACCGCGCACGUGAACAUGGGCUGCGCUACGCGCCCUGGCCGUGCGGCCGAGGAAGACGUCUUUUCGGGCACACAUUGGUCCGAGGUGUUACUGGAGACGCGUGGCAAUGGCCUGUUUCUGUUCGAGCCGGAGGUGUGUGUCGGCGCCGCCGCUCGCGUGCCGACCAUGGCCUGGGUCCUGGAGCACGUUCGGCUCGAGCUGCACCCCGGGAAGCCGUACAUGACACUGCCUGCAGGCGCCGCAGCGUCCGACGGCGGCUGCGGCGCCCUGCUCUACUUUUUCGAGGGCCGAGAUGAGGAUUCGGCCUUCCUGGCCGUCCACUACCCGAGCAUGAAGGAUGCGGAGUAUGCAUGUAUGCGGUUCCGGCGUUGCAGCCUGACGUAUGUGCGUUCCCUGGUCGACGGCUGCGGCGACGAUGACGUCUCCGCUGGCGACGUCGCCCACACUAUCGAGUCGCUGCGUCACUCUCGCGAGGAGCUGGCGCAGCAGAAGGACAUGUUGCGGCUGGACAACACGCUGCUGUACUCGCAGUACACAAGCAACAAGCAGGCGUUCUCCGAGAGCUCCGCCAUGCAGAUGCAGGAGAAUGCGGCCCUGCGCUCUCAGCUGGAGCGCUGCAUGGACCGCAUACAGUCCCUCGAGGGCGACUCCCAGGCCAGGGACGGCACGAUACGCGCGCUGAAGGAGGAGCGUGAGCACCUGAUGGAUCUCACGAUGAGGCUCCAGUCGGAGCUCGAGACCUCCAAGGAGGCCGUGCAGGCUUCGGCGAACAGCAGCGAGGAGACGUUGAGGCAGGACUUCAAAUCCACGUUGGCUGACGUCUAUCGCCUCAGGCGCGAAGUCAAGAACUUGCGGAAGGACAACGCGCGCAUCGCCAACCAGUUCCACAGCUACAAGCGUGAGGUGAACCUGGAGUACGAGCGCGUGGAGGAGUUGAUGUACCACAGCACCAUAUACGAGAUGCUGAUGCACUGGAUAUUGUGCAACGAUCUGAAGGUCGAGUACUACGAGACGUGCCACCAGAUGCGGCCCGAGGAGCACCAGGCGUUCUGCGAGCGAGUGCACGCUGCACAGGAGGAAUUCCGCGUGUCCGUCACGCUGGCACGUGCGUCGUACAUCAACUGUCGCACGCACCUCUUCAACGAGCUGCUGUCGUCCAUCAGCGGCCACAAGCUGGAGCUUCCCCGUUCCAAGCGUCUUCUGAGCCUGGCACUGGAGCGUUUGGACUGGAUCUUCCAGCCGGAGUCGUGCCGCCUGGACGUCCGCGAGCCCAUAUGGAUGAACCAGGAGAAGUUCGACGGGCUUGUGGAGGCCCUGCUCUACAAAACGUCCGACCACGCCUGGUACAACAAGCUGUCGUACGUCUCUGCGCUGAAGCCCAUAUUGACCAACGACGGCGCGUCCGACUCCAUGCUGCUGACGCUGAAGCGGCAGCUGUACGAGUCGCUGAACCAGAACGAGACGCUCAAGCGGCAGGUGGCCUCGAUGCAGAAGGCCCUCGGCAGCAAAGAGCACUGGCAGUCAAUCUUGUCCCGCGCCGCGGCGUAG